AUGAGCUCAGCGCUCUUGUGGGUGCCAGCUGGGAAGUAUGAUUCUGUUUCACCAUUGUGGCAGGAUCAAUACAUCUGGUCUCCAGUGCCCGUCGACAAAAGUCUCCCCCUACACCAAACUUCAUUCCUUGAAAUCGAUGAGAGCGAAGCCGCAACAGCGGUCCGUUCGAGAGCGAAUACGUCAACAUCAAAUACAACCAGACAAAACAUAUCGGCAUUAGUGUCAGAGCGAGAUCUAGACCAUGAAGCUGGCGAACGCGAUGCCGCAGAACUGGACCAGGCGAUGGGGAUAAAGGGGCGACAUCAUGGGUCUACAUCAGGCUUCUUGGUUGCUCCAGCAAAAAGACAGCCCUUAACGCCGACCGUGGAGAAUAAGCCAAAGGGGACGGUACUGCGACCUGACUUAUCGAAAGCGAAGAGACUGCGUAGCUUUCACCUUUUGAGGAAGGCAAGAACUGGUUCGUUCACUCGUCCAGCGGCAUUGGAAACAUACCACCAGGCGCAUGAGAAAACCAGUGUGGCAGUGACCAAGGCCCCCGAAGCUCCAGGUGAAGACGAAGAACCAACGUUGACCGAAACAUCGGCUGGGAAGGAAACCUGCGGUGAUACCGCCAAGGAACCAUCCAAAGGCACGAGCCAACGUAGUGUCGGCAAUCAGAGAGCUCGACCACGACAGCGGAAAGAUCGACUGGCAAAGGUCAAAGCACAAAGAGGCAUUGAUGAUACCCAUAAACCCGAUACGAAGGUCCAACAGGCGCUGAUCCAAGCCCCCAUCGAGUCUCAGCAACAACCGCUUUCAAAUACGCCUAGUGGCUCACAAAGCAUGAGCUUGAAGCUGGACCUGAACCUCGACAUUGAAGUGCAACUGAAGGUGACAUUGAGGGGCGACCUGACCUUAUCCCUUAUGAAUUAA